AUGCACUCUAAACUGGGUCACUCUCCACUCGGAGGGCUCGGGGCGCGGCUCACUUUCCGUGUGUGUCUCCUGUGCCGUAGGCUUCGAGCGUCUCCAGCAGCCCAGGGAGAGAAAGAGAUGGGAAACAGCAUGAAAUCCAGCCCUGCACCCCCUGAGAGGCCUCUGCCCAGCCCAGACGGACUGGACAGCGACUUCCUCGCUGUGCUGAGUGAUUACCCUUCUUCUGACAUCAGCCCCCCGAUAUUCCGCCGAGGAGAGAAACUGCGUGUGAUUUCUGAUGAAGGGGGCUGGUGGAAAGCCAUUUCUCUUAGCACUGGCAGAGAGAAUUAUAUUCCUGGAAUAUGUGUGGCCAGAGUUUACCACGGCUGGCUGUUUGAAGGGCUGGGCAGAGACAAGGCUGAGGAGCUGCUGCAGCUGCCAGACACGAAGGUCGGCUCCUUCAUGAUCAGAGAGAGUGAGACCAAGAAAGGUUUUUAUUCGCUGUCGGUGAGACACAGGCAGGUGAAGCAUUACCGCAUCUUCCGCCUGCCAAACAACUGGUAUUACAUUUCCCCGAGGCUCACCUUCCAGUGCUUGGAGGACCUGGUGAAUCACUAUUCUGAGGUUGCUGAUGGCCUCUGCUGUGUGCUCACGACACCAUGUCUCAUGCAGAGCACGGCCGCCCCGGCGGUGAGGGCCUCCAGCUCGCCUGUCACCCUGCGCCAGAAGACCUUGGACUGGAAGAGGGUGUCCAGCAGACUGCAGGAGGCCCCCGAGGGAGCAGAGAACCCGCUUGGGGUGGAUGAGUCUCUUUUCAGCUAUGGCCUUCGGGAAAGCAUCGCCUCCUACCUGUCCAUGACCAGUGAUGACAACACCUCCUUCGAUCGCAAGAAGAAAAGUGUCUCCCUGAUGUACAGUGGGAGCAAGAGGAAGAGCUCGUUCUUCUCGUCGCCUCCGUACUUUGAAGACUAGCCAGUGAACACACACCACGGUUCACAACCAAAAGGAACACAGGUUCCAAGUAUCACCUGGGAUCUUGCAAAAAGCAGGGUUCCCUGGUCCCCAGGGAACCUCCCAUCUUCCAGAAGCUGAGAGAAGCCACACAGACUCAAAUUCACGUCUUCUCUAAUCCACAUCAUGACCAAAGGAACCCUUCCCUGGCGUCUGAUCAGUACUGUGACAUCACAAAAUGCUGAAUCAUGACACGAUCGGGCAAUGCUCUGAAGAGCCUAGCAUGUAUGUGUGCGCACGCCGUGUGUGUGUGUGGGGGAGACAAAGACACUCCCACAAGAAAGUACCCCAGCACCCUUCUCCAACCAGCCGCCCAGACGGCUACACUCUGGGGUCAUCAGAGAGAACGUCUAUGUGAGAAAGCCUGAGAGGCAGAUGAGCCAGAGCUAUGGCCCAGCAGAAGGUCUGGGUUUGCAGAUCAGUCGCCUGAAUGGAACUUUUUAAACCAAUCUGUAAAGAACUUUGGUACACAUCAUCUCUCUCUAAGGGAACUCUGUGACACUAAUUGUUAGUCCAAAGGACUUGUUAGUCUUGAAUCAGGAGAUGCCUUUGACCUCCUCAUGCACCAAAGCCACGUGGGCAGAAGUCAGAAGGCCUCCCCACUUCUGAAGAGGGCAAGACAAUGGGAGAGAGGGAGGCUGCUGGUGGGGAAGGGGGAGAAGGGCUAGAACUGCACAAGCUCGCAUGAUGUCCCCAACCACGCACGACUCUGCCGUGCAGAAGAGCUUUUUCUGGGUUGCUAGGCUUCUUGCCUGUAUUAAUGCAUCAAUUAUUCAUUCAUAACUGCUUAAAGAGGUACUGUGUUAAGGUAUCAGGCCAAGAAAAUAAGUAAAAUAAAGAUGACUAAGCCCCCCCCCCCGAGGUUGUCACAGUGUAGACAGCAAGAAAAGUAUAUUAACAACAAAUAUGAAAAUGGGUGUAGAAGGAGAAAUCAACUCAUGGCUUAGGAUGGAAUUGGAGGCAGACGAGGGUACCCAGGAGUUCACGUUUCUGCUGAUCUUCAGAGAGUACAAGGGCUGCCUGGGUUGAAUAGGUAGAAAUGGCUAUAUAUAUAUGUAUAAAUAUAUAUACAUAUAUAUAUAUUUUUUAAAAAAAGAACAAAGAAAAGAAACUGAUUAAGUUCUAAAGAAUUAAUCCAUCCAGUAUUUUCUCCUAAGAAGGGUCUGGCAUCCACAUGAGUAAAAAUGCUGAGCUCCAGGAAAGAUGGGAGCCUGAGCAGAUUAAUUCUGUCAUGUAUAAUUUAGGAGAUGAGGGAGAAAACACAGCGUAUUUCUAGAGAAGAAGAAGCAUUUAUCUCCACGCUGCCCGUCUGGAUCCUGCUAGGGAAAGAGGGGCUGCACAUGACUCCAUGACUCAUCUUUCCCUGUUUCAAAGGGAUUCUGGGGGAGGAGGGAUGCAUGCAUGUGGUAUCUCUGGAGGCCUGAGGAGUCUGUCUGCUUGCUGUAAGCAUUCCAUACAUCUGAGCUCACUGUGCUGAUGGGAUGUGUAUAUUCAUUUACAUGAUUUCCUGUAUCAUCAGAUUCUGGUGUGUUUAUACAAGGAGACGUUUGUGGUUUCCUUAACAAUCCCAAAAGGCUGUUUCAAAGCAACAAGCCAGCGUUUGAGAGAUGAAUGUAACACUGUGAACGUUGACUUCCACCAUAAGGCAGGGUGACCUCGCAAACUCCAGAUGUCUGUACAGUGUCUUCUGUAUUGUUUUCCGUUGUGAAAAAUGUGAUUGGAACAUUCAGGGGCACUCGGAGGCAUUUCUAAGUGCGAAGCAUUACACUUUGUUAAAUCAUGUAUUUAUUCCUGAUUAAAAUAAACCUAAUACAUAUUUAA